AUGAACACGACUCAAAUUUUGAAUCUCCUGCAUUUUAACGACGUCUACCGCGUCUCUCCUCAAAAAUUAUCCUCUCGCUCAUCGGAAACGAUCGACGUUACCCAGUUUAGUGCGAAACUGGACAAAAUUCGAGGUCUAUGGCCUACACGUCCCGAUGGCAAGAAAGAUGGUCUUACACUUUUCUCUGGUGAUCUGUUCUCUCCUUCUGUAGAAAGUUCGGUUACCCGUGGAAGCCACAUGGUUCCCGUCAUUAAUCACCUUGCACCCGACGUUUCCUUGACUGGAAAUCACGAUUUCGAUUUUGGAUUUCCCCACUUGACGAAGCUCGUGCAAGAUAAUACCUUCCCUUGGUUACUGAGUAACAUAGUCGACUCCGAUACGUCCAAAGUCCCGGAAUCUCUACAUGAAUUCCAGGUCAUUGAAAGAGCAGGGCUAAGGAUCGGCUUGAUAGGAUUAGUAGAACAAGAAUGGAUUGCCACGGUUUCGACAUGGCCAACGAGUUUCAAGUACAAAGACAUGAAGGAGACGGGAUUACAGCUCUCCAAACUUCUACGUGACCCAGACGGCCCUUAUAAGCUUCCUAAUGAUAUCAAACUAGCCAAGGACCUACUGGCAUUGUCACCUGGCGCUCAGAGUGCGACUCCCAUAGCCAACUCCCAUGGUGUAGACAUUCUUCUGGGGGGACAUGACCAUAUGUACUACGCGCCAAAGGGCGUCGACUCUUGGGAAGGCCAUGAUAUCUCCAAGACGCCUCUUGGCUCGGAAGGUGAUAACGGGGACGUUCUAGUGGUCAAAAGUGGGAUGGAUUUCCGAAACCUCAGUGAAUUUACUCUGAGCUUUGCGUCCACGCCUCAAGGAAACAUUCGAAAGAAUGUCAUCAAAUCUAUCUCAGGACGUAGGCAUGACACGAAGCCUGGUGAUCCAUCGUCAGAGCAACUGAGCAAAUUGCUGAAGCAGCUCUUAUCGUCCGUUUCGUCCUCCCUCAAAGCUCCUGUUUGCAAGUCAAAUGUCUCCAUGAAUCUCCGUUCAAGUUAUAUCCGUACUGAAGAGUCGGCCGGUGCAAACUGGUUCGCAGAUAUCAUUCGUCAUGCUUACGAUGAUGCGCUUUGCGUCAAAGGAUGCGGAGGUGCCGAUGCUGUUUUCAUCUGCGCUGGUACGCUUCGUGGGGAUUCUGAAUAUGGUCCAGGCAGCAUCACGCUAGGUGACAUCUUAGAGAUAUUGCCAUUCGAUGAUCCAGUCGUUGUGCUGGAAGUUGAUGGACCUACAAUUUGGGACGCUCUGGAAUCAUCUCUGGAAACCUGGCCUGCACAGGAAGGGCGAUUUCCAGUCAUAUCUGGCAUGCGCGUUUCAUGGGAUUCUCGUCGCGAAAAAGGCCAGCGCGUACUCGGAGUGUGGUUGACUAAGGAGCUGGAGGAAAGCAUCCAUAGCGAAAGUGGACACUCUACUCCCCGUAUUGUGGAUGGAGAACCCAUUCUUCGCUCGGAUAGCCCAAGGAAGUAUAAACUUGUUACAAGGGAGUAUAUGGCUCAAGGACAUGAUGGGUUUACUGCACUAAAAAGAGGGACCCACUUGGUAGAUGAUGAAUCCGGUCAACCAAUGAGCACUUUGGUUCGAAAAUAUUUACUAGGCUCUCACUUCGUGAGAAGGAUGGCGGCACUGUCCGACCAUUCCAACGUGCAGUAUCUCAAGGACUUUACUACAACUGCCAUCCAACGUGAAAAGGCUAGAAAUGAACAUGAAACCCACCGCCGUCAGUCUGUGGCUGCGCAAAAGUGGAGACAUGCAGUCAGUCUUGCAUUACCACGGGUCCGGUCCCGGACACACUACCAGGAACAGUUCCAGGUUUGCGCGAGUGAGCACAUGAGUAGCGUGGAUCCCUUCGAUGGCAAGGCUGUAAGAACCAGUGGUGGGGUGAGUGGAGAGGUAGAUCCGUCCAUGCAUGACGAUGACUUGCUAGUGGUAGAACCUGAGAUAGACGGAAGAUUGAAAGACUUGGGAAGGUAG